AUGACGACACACGCAAACCAACAACGGCAGAAAGAGCGCCCGACUCUGGUUCCGCCUAGCAACUGCAUCGAAUUGCUCUUACAAUACAUCCAACAAGGAUGUAUUAUAAGAACUGGAUACGGCGCCUGUAAUGCCUCUAAUAAUACAUCCAUGAGUGACAUAGAUGGCAGUAAUAAUAUCAACAAGCCUUUGAGAGUCUCUCUUCUAGGAAUCCAAAAGAGGAAGAAGGAGGAGGAAGAGACAGAAGAAGGAGUGAGGUACGGUGUGGAAAUGCAGCGCAACAGCAGUGUGACUGACUUUCAGCAGCUGCGGGAAAGAUGGACCACCCUGUUAAUCCGCCUUCAUGAUGACCCAAAGGUAGCACUGAUGAUGAAUACAAGAAUCGGGCAGUACCUCAGCAGCCAUCCCUUCUUGGCUCUCACCGUGUUGCUGUUCAGCGUAAUGGCUGCACUGCCUAUUGGACUCUUCCUGACCUUUGCCCUUGUUACCAUUAUUAUGUCGGUAGUAGCUUUUGUUUUCUUUGAGGCCUUCCUUUUGUUUGUGGGAGGGUUGACUCUGCUGUGUGUGCUCUCCGGCCUCGCCUUCUUCUCCCUCAUAGUUUCUUGCAUCCUUAAUGCUUUUUAUAUCACCAUCUCCAACAUCCUCAACCACUAUUCCCCACGACUGACAAAGCAAGGGAAAGUCCGGGGGAAGGAGAGUGAGUGUGAAACUUCAAACAUGAAGGAAAUGCAGUAGCUCUCUUCCUCUUCUCUCAGCUUUCAUCUUUGUGUAUAAUAUAGGAGCCUUAAAUCAGAACACUAAAGCUUGAUGGUUAGGAUUCACAGAUGCCUGAAAGUAUGACUGCUGGAGUCUGGGAUCUGCUUUUGUAAAAGAUUUUCUAAGCACAAAGACUCUGUGAUGGUUACUGUAUGUGUAAAGCCUGAAUAUUGUUACUGAAUAUUUUUCUAAAAUAAAGAAAGUGUUGUUCUCUUUAUAUAAAGUGCAAUAGUUAUAUAGUGUCUACAACAGCCAAGGGCCACCUAAUUAGCUAAAUACAGAGGACUUGUUAUUAGUCUAAUCUGUACAUAUUCUAACUGCACAUCUUGAAAUGGCAGCUCCUUUCAAGUAUGAGUGAAAAAGAGGAAAAUAUUGACCUGCUACUCCCAUUAUUUAUCAUGGUUUUUGGUCUGAAAAUGCCUUUGUAUGUUAUGUAUGUUUGCAAAUAUUUGAUGUUCACACCCUUAAAGGAAAUGAAAAUGCACUACAUGUGUUACAUGUGUUACAUGUCUAUGUUUGCUGUUACCUGUAAAAGAGUGCACUAUUUCGCAUUUGAAAUACAGCUUUGAAUAAAAGCUCAUCAUAAUGAACA